GCAUGCGUUGCUCAGAGCAACCUCAUUAUUAGUCGCUGCAGGCGCGCUUGCAGCGGAGGUGCCGCCGCUGCGGGAUGUGUUGCUGCAGGAGGCGAAGCACCGGUUGAACGACUGGUUUCUCAACAAGGCCUGGAUGGGGAAGGAGCCGCCCAAUGGCCGGCUUGACUGGCCCAAGGAGGAGUACGGCAUCCAGCUGCAAAUCACCACGAACAAUUACAUGUGCGACGAAGAGGGGCGCAUCAAGCCAUGGGAGGGCAUCCAGCUGGACGAUUCCAACGCCCCGCCGCGGCCCGACGGGAUCCCCAUUACCUUUGGGCGCUUUGAUGUGACGGACGCAGAUGCGAUCGACGUCUUCAACGCGCUCGCCGACACCAAAGGGGAGGCUGAGUGGGAUGAGCUGCUGAUGAAUGGCCCCGGCGUGGUGUACCUGGGGGACUUCGUCAAGGAGCGCGCCCGCGGCGCCGCGGUGGCCUUCGUGGCGCGGCCCUUCCCGGACCGCCAGGUCUUUCAGUGGAUGGUGUACAACUCCACCCCGGACUUUGACGACAUGUGGGUUGCGUACUCCACGCGUCGGAAUGAUGUGCUGUACAAAAUGGGCUACGAGAAAGAAGGUUGGCCGGCGGUGCAAGCCCAAAAUUGCCUGGGGGCCUAUCAUGUUGUAGCGCUACCACAGGGCGGAUGCCAUGUUGUGUUCUCCUCGAUGGUGAACUCACAUCCCCCGUGGCCGAUCACUGCCCAGUUUGUCUUUAACAUUGCCUGGACCAAGACCGCCGAGUACAUCCAGGCCCUGCGGAGACGAGCCCAGCUCCUAAAGAAGAGGCGCAUGGCCUCUGGCGGAAAGAAGGUGCUGGCUGUGCCGCAUUGGCUGGUCUUUGACCAUUUGGAGCCAAACAAGACGGAGUCGGGUGACUUGUUUGUGACGGACAGCGAGAAGGUCAUCCCGCCGUACACAGGGCCAGACUACAUAGCAGACGUGAUUCAGGCAGACUUGUUGAGGGACUUGAUGCGUCUGCGAGGGCCAACUGGCCCAGCCUUCCCCCUCCUCUUGGUAUGCGCGCUGGCGUUUUGUGCCCUCGCCUCCCUCGCGGUUUUGCGCCGACGGCAAGGGGCCAUGUAUGUAGAGCUCGAGCAAGGAAUGAGCCCGGCGCUGCUAUGAGAGAUGCCUCCACUUUUGCCGGUUGCGCGAUGCCCGCAAUCCGCACUCUUUGGACUUCGAGAUCCGCGCGUGUAAGGGUGCCGCCUCGGAAACUGAGGGAAUUCGCCAUCCCAAGCCCUCGUGGAGUUGAAGCCUCCCGAGCUUAUCCCUAAUUCAGAUCGAAUGUGGCUUCAUCACUGCAUGAGCCCUACGUGAGUCCGGCAAUCGAGUGACGGGCCAGAGAGUUCUGCUUCAGAUCCCGGUUCCAACGUAAGCGAG